ACAAUUCUGACAACACUCUGUCAUCUUUUUGACGCUUUCGAAUUGAGUGUUUUUCUCAUAAUCAAAAUCCUCCCAAUAGAUCUCACAACAUGGCUCAAUUGGAAACUGUUGAAAAAUGCAUGCGACAUGUUGCCCCUCACGUGGAAAGCACAGAGACCAAAGUGACAGUCGUAGGGAUUGGUGCUGUUGGAAUGGGAGCAGUCAGUGCUCUUCUUACCCAAGAAAUCUCCAAGAACAUCGUCCUGAUGGAUAUGGAUGGCAGAAAGGUGGCAGGUGAAGUACUCGAUUUGCAACACGCCACGCCAUUCUUGAGCAACAGCCAAGUGUCUGGAGGUACUGAUUACGCCCUCACCAGAAACUCAAGGGUUUGUGUGGUAACCGCUGGUGUUAGACAGCAAGAAGGCGAGAGUAGAUUGAAUUUGGUGCAAAGGAACGUGGAGGUGUUCAAGAAGAUCAUACCUCCUUUGGCGGAACAAUCCCCUAACUGUAUUCUACUGAUAGUCAGCAAUCCCUGCGAUAUACUCACAUAUGUAGCGUGGAAACUUAGUGGGUUUCCUCCAGAGAGAGUCUUCGGAUCUGGAUGCGAUCUGGAUUCUGCCAGAUUCAGAGUGCUGCUCGCUCAGAAGUUUGGUAUUGCUGCUAACAGCGUACAUGGAAAUGUAAUUGGUGAGCACGGGGACUCUAGCGUGGCUGUUUGGUCAGGUGUCAACAUCGCUGGUCUGUUCAUCAGAGACAUCCAUCCUCAGAUGGGCACGGACACAGAUCCUGAAAAAUUCGCAGAUAUCCAUAAAUCUGUAGUACAAGGCGCUUACGAGGUGAUCAAGUUGAAAGGUUACACCUCCUGGGCUAUUGGAUAUGCUGUUGCUAACAUAGUGAAAGACAUUCUGGACAACGUGUAUGCGAUUCAUAUGCUGAGUGUCAACGUUAAAGGGCUUUAUGACAUCAAGGAUGAUGUUUUCCUGUCACUGCCGACAGUGUUGGGUGCAAAAGGAAUCAACGAAAUUAUCCUUUUGACAUUGAGUGAAGACGAGGUGAAGAAGUUACAAGAGUCGGCGAAGGUAUUAUGGGAUGUUCAGAAAGAUAUAGUUUUUGCAUGAUUUACUCAUUUUAAAAAUCUUAUUUAUUUUUUGAAUAUAUUCCUUUCUUAAAUCUGGAGAAAGUUAAUUUUUUUUAUAAUAAAGUACUUCAAUAAA